ACUAAAUGUACAAUUUGAUGUGUAGAAAAAAAUUAUUAUUUGUUUAUAACUUAGAUUCUUUUUAUAAUUUUACUAUUAUUCACUUUAUUUAAAAUAACUUAAUGUGAAUAUGAACUUUAUGGGAUUAAUUACUUUAAAUCCUAAAUAUAAUCGGAUUUUAUACACUAGACUAUCUGAAAAUGUUAUAAACAAUACUUUUUCCCUUGUUCAGGCAAGAUUCUCUAAGAUUUUAAGGUGGAUUCCUGACACACCUCAUGCCCAUUCAAUGAAUAAACUAACACAUUUUGAUGAUUUGAUAAACUAUUGUUUGGACAAUAGAGAUACCCUGGGUAAAAGAGAUAUAAUAGCUUCACUUUCAUAUAUGAGAACUCUUAAAAAUUUUAACUUGUCGUCUAAAAACUUUGUAAAAUAUAAUGAUUAUAUCAUGAAAAAUUUGUCAAAAUUUGAUACAAAUAUACAUUUAUUGGUUCAUAGGUAUUCAAUUCUUGGUUAUAGCCCAUCUCUUAUCUCCAUAUAUGAUAACCAAUUGAAGAAUAACAUUGGAAAUCUUGACAAUAAGUCUUUAUGCCUAAUUUCAUGGAGUUAUGCCAAAAAUAACGUUUUUAUUGAGGAGCUGUUUGACAGUAUCGCAACUGUGGUUUUAAAUCGUAAUUCUAAGUUGAACUUGACUGAUAUAUCGCUACUUUUGUGGACCUUUGCAAAAAUUAACAGAAAAGAGCCUGAAGAAGUUUUGAAGCUCAAAAAUGAAUUUAUUAGUAUAAUAAAAUCAAUUCAGAAUACACUAAACAAUAAAGAAACGGAUGAGAAUACACAAGAAUACUUAGACAAAGAGGGCUAUUUCUACACAAAUGUGGUUCAUGAUAUUUGUAUGGCAUGUAAAUCCCUUUCCAUUCUUCUUCCUGGUGACAUGGGUACAAUUUCCCAAGUUUUCAAAAUUCUAUUCAAUAUAACAAGUGCAAGUAAACUGAGCAUAACAUCUCAGGGAAUAACUAGUUUGUGGGAGGCUUUAGAACAUUCAAACCUUAAGGACGAAGAUAUAACAGAAAAGUUGUGUGAAGCAUCGAGAUACUUGAGGUUGGACCAUUCAUUCAACUCUAACAUGCUGAAUUCAAUUGUGACUUCUAUACACAAAUUAAGGAUUAAAGACCCUAGAAUCAUUUAUCAAAUAGUUCACUGGCUUGAAAAAAGAAGUGUUCAGAUGCACGCGACUCAAAUGUAUAAUAUUAUAUGUCUUUUGGAUCAAAUGUGUAUAUACCACGAUAAAGCUUGGAAACAACUUGGUGUGGUUGUUCAAAAGAAGGCUAUAGACUUGGAAUUAUACCAAAUUAGAAAUUUAUACAACAUUUUUAAACGAAAUGGAAAGGGAAACGAACGCAUAUAUGGAAUACUUGACCAUUUCAUGUUAUGCAAACAAGAUAUUGAACAAUUUGGAUUUGUUUAAUUCAUGGGGGAUUCCGUAAUAUUUUCUUCGUUCAUAUCAACC